AUGAUGCCGUCGAGAGCCGUCAAGUACGUCCCGCGUUUCUGUUUGCCUACUACCAGUUCCACACAGUUCGUCCGGCGAAAGCCAGUUGAUGCUGUUGCUUGGGCCUACAAAUGGAGAAAUAUGUCGAGGGUUCCCUCUCUACAGGGAAGAUCUCGCUCUACAGUCGGUCGACCUUUGGAUGACUAUGACCGCUUAAUGACAAGUCAUUCUGGACCCCGAGUUUGGACAUACUCUCCAUCCUUUGACAUCCGCGAAACAGAGGAUGCCUACCACCUUGAGGGUAAAGUUCCUGGUGUUCAGUCUAGUGAUAUCGAUGUGGAAUUUGAAGAUUCACAUCGUGUCAAUAUCAAAGGUCAUAGUUCGCGCGAGUUUCGUUCUAGUGAAGGGUCGUGGUGGGUGUCCGAGCGGUCCGUAGGAGAAUUUAGACGAACCUUCAAUUUCCCAUCCGCUAUCGACCGAGAGAAUACCCACACCCAGUUGAAGGAUGGCAUUCUUUCUAUAACCGUAACUAAAUCUGGUUCAGCAGCAAAUACCAAGAAGGUCGAUGUCGAUACUUGA